AUGGAACUAGAGGGCUCGAGUAGUUGCCCGAGGCCGCUACCGUCAAAGGCGGAGAUGAGCCGUGGAGCGUAUUUGGCAUGGGAAGACUUAACGGUGGUUAUACCCAACUUCAGUGAUGGUCCGACCCGAAGGUUGCUACAGAGGCUAAACGGGUAUGCUGAACCAGGUCGGAUCAUGGCUAUAAUGGGUCCUUCUGGAUCCGGAAAGUCCACUCUUCUUGACUCUCUUGCAGGUAGACUAGCAAGAAACGUGAUCAUGACCGGUAAUCUUCUAUUGAACGGCAAGAAAGCCAGACUAGACUAUGGUCUCGUAGCAUAUGUAACACAAGAGGACAUAUUGCUCGGAACACUAACAGUGAGGGAGACAAUAACAUACUCAGCUCGAUUGAGGCUUUCAAGUGACAUGUCUAACGAGGAAGUGAGUGACAUUGUGGAAGGCACAAUCAUGGAGCUUGGUCUUCAAGACUGCGCAGACAGAGCCAUUGGAAACUGGCACGCUAGGGGAGUUAGUGGCGGCGAACGGAAACGUGUCAGCAUCGCUUUAGAGAUCUUAACGCGCCCUCAGAUCCUCUUUCUCGACGAACCCACCAGCGGUUUGGAUAGUGCUUCUGCGUUUUUCGUGAUUCAGACACUUAGAAACAUCGCAAGAGAUGGCAGAACCGUUAUUUCAUCGAUUCAUCAGCCUAGCAGUGAGGUGUUUGCACUGUUUGAUGAUCUUUUCUUGCUCUCGAGUGGUGAGUCUGUCUACUUUGGUGAAGCCAAGUCUGCCGUUGAGUUCUUUGCUGAAUCGGGCUUUCCAUGCCCCAAGAAGAGGAAUCCUUCUGAUCACUUCCUGCGAUGUAUAAACUCAGACUUUGAUACAGUCACAGCUACGCUCAAAGGAUCUCAAAGAAUUCAGGACACACCAGCUACAUCAGAUCCACUUUUGAAUCUAGCAACACCUGUGAUCAGAGCAAGGCUUGUUGAGAACUACCGGCGUUCAAAGUAUGCGAAAUCCGCAAAAUCUAGAAUCCAAGAACUAUCUAACAUCGAUGGGAAUGAGAUGGAAGUGAGAAGAGGGAGUGAAGCGAGCUGGUGGAAACAACUUAGGACAUUAACAGCAAGAUCAUUCAUAAACAUGUGUCGCGAUGUAGGUUACUACUGGACAAGAAUAGUAAGCUACAUUGUUGUUUCUAUAAGCGUAGGGACCAUAUUCUACGACGUGGGAUAUAGCUACACAUCAAUCUUAGCCAGGGUCUCUUGUGGCGGAUUCAUCACCGGUUUCAUGACGUUCAUGUCCAUUGGAGGCUUCCCUUCUUUCCUUGAAGAGAUGAAGGUGUUCUAUAAAGAGAGGAUGAGUGGUUACUAUGGAGUUUCGGUUUAUAUCCUCUCAAACUACAUCUCGUCUUUCCCGUUCUUAGUUUCUCUCUCGGUUAUCACGGGAACUAUUACUUACAACUUGGUGAAGUUUCGUCCCGGGUUCUCGCAUUACGCUUUCUUCUGUCUCAACAUCUUCUUCUCAGUCUCUGUGAUAGAGAGUCUCAUGAUGGUUGUGGCUUCUCUAGUUCCAAACUUUUUGAUGGGUCUUGUUACUGGAGCUGGUCUCAUUGGAAUCAUCAUGAUGACUUCUGGAUUCUUCCGUCUGCUUCCUGAUCUUCCCAAGAUAUUUUGGCGUUACCCGGUUUCGUAUAUAAGCUAUGGAUCUUGGGCUAUCCAGGGAGGUUACAAGAAUGAUUUUCUCGGACUAGAGUUUGAGCCUUUAUUCCCGGGUGAGCCGAAAAUGACAGGAGAAGAAGUGAUAAACAAGAUAUUUAGAGUGAAGGUGACACAUUCAAAAUGGUGGGACUUGGCUGCUGUUGUAGGAAUCCUUGUGUGUUAUAGGCUUCUCUUCUUUGUGGUCUUAAAGCUAAAGGAGAGAGCAGGACCGGCUUUAAAGGCGAUUCAGGCAAAAAGAACGAUGAGGAAUCUUGACAGGAGACCUUCUUUCAAGAGAAUGCCGUCUCUGUCUUUGUCAUUGUCGUCAAUGUCUUCAAGGAGACAUCAGCCUUUCCGUUCACUUUCUUCUCAAGAAGGCCUCAACUCUCCAGCCCACUACUAAAAAGGCUUAUGUAAUGUGUAAUUUUACUUUGUUCUGCAUGUAACUUUUCAUCAUGAUCUCAUAAUCUGCUCUAUAAUUGUCAUUAUUGGAGAAUAAAAAGCAAGUAGUACCCAAGUUUUUAUUA